UUCGAAACAAAUAAUAUUUAUAUUUUUAAUUUCCAUUUUUAAUCUAUUUUCUAUCUUUUUCUAGUUUUCAGAAUUAAAAGAAAUCUAUAUUGACAGAAGUGAAUAUAAGACAUAAUGUCAUACAGUCGCCAUUUUGUCAACGCAUUGCUUGUCCAAAUCGUCGAGAACGUACAUGAUUACAUGUUAUUUAUUAUUAUUUGUUACGCUUAUUUUUUUUCUUUCAUAUAAAUUUUUCGAGUCUUUUUAUGUAUUUCUUUAUUAUGUAAAAUUCAUCGUUUAUGUUUGCGCGAAAUCUGACAAAUCUUUCGACGCUACAGACCCGAUUUUGCGCCAAUCAGACGAAGCGCUUUUCACAACGAACCUUUCAUCUUGGGCCCGCUAGAAGUCCCGGUUGAUCAACUCAGAGAGGUGAAAAGAGAGGGGAGUGGUCGAUUGCAUUGGGUAGUGUUGGGGCCCCUUAAGUGUGUCGGGGGGGAUGGGGGCCUGUCAUAUGUCGGAUUUUCUAUUCCACGUCCGCGAAACGCGAUCGCGUAUGUUUGUCGAGCAGUUAUACGAGCGAUUCGACGAAUUCCAGGACAAGUGCGAUCGUCGAGCGGACCCCAUUCUGCACGGUUCGUUGGUCUCUCACGAGUGAAACGCGCUUGGGCCCUGCAGCUGCUUCAAGAGUUGGAAUGCGGGAUCAACAUGGAGGAGGUGGCGAAUAGAUCGAUAUUGCUCGGUGAUGUCACGCACGGUCGCUGACUCUCCCGUCCGGCAUCCCGUUAACGGAGCAUGGAAUGGAAGGAUCAUGCCCACUCCUCUUUCCCAGCUUCGGGGAGCAGAGCGACUCUGAGCGGGGAGGAGGCUACUCGUCGCAGAAGGUCGGCGUUUAUCGGCCAGGCGCAGACGCCAUCGACUUGGGCUAUCACACCCUCGACAACAAUGCCUGCCGUACCACGUCGUCAUCGUCCUCGUCAACCCCGGGCGUGUCGUCCAGCACGCCGACUCGUCAGCAGCAACAGCAACUAUCGCAGCCUAAUAAGCAUCAUCUGGUUCACGUCGCGGUCAACGACCUCUGCCAGCUCGAUGACAAUCUGCUGCUGAGGAUCUUCAGCUGGCUCGACACCCGCGACCGCUGCUCUCUGGCGCAGACCUGUCGACGCCUCUGGGAGAUCGCGUGGCAUCCGGCGCUCUGGCGAGAAGUCGAGGUGCGUUAUCCACAGAAUGCCACCGCGGCGUUGAACGCGCUGACGCGUCGUGGCUGCCACACCUGCGUCCGUCGUCUGGUCCUGGAAGGCGCCACCGGGUUGCCUGGUAUCUUCGCGCAAUUACCAUACCUCAGUUUGACCUCCUUGGUGUUGCGACACUCACGUCGGGUCACCGACGCCAACGUCACCACGGUGCUGGACAGCUGCGCUCAUCUUAGAGAACUCGACUUGACCGGUUGUCCUAAUGUCACUCGCGCCUGCGGUCGUACCACCAUCCUGCAGCUGCAGUCGCUCGAUCUCAGCGACUGCCACGGCGUCGAGGAUUCCGGCCUGGUGCUGAGCGUGUCACGCAUGCCGCACCUGGGAUGUCUUUACCUACGUAGAUGCAGCCGCAUCACCGACGCCAGUCUGAUCGCCAUCGCUUCCUACUGCGCCAGCCUGCGUCAGCUGUCGGUGUCAGAUUGCCUGAAAGUCACAGACUUUGGGGUGCGCGAGCUGGCGGCGCGUCUCGGCCCGUCGCUCCGCUACUUCUCCGUAGGCAAAUGCGACCGCGUGUCCGACGCUGGUCUGCUGGUCGUCGCUCGUCAUUGCUACAAGCUGCGCUAUCUGAACGCCCGCGGUUGCGAGGCACUCAGCGACAGCGCGACCAUCGCCUUGGCGCGCGGCUGUCCGCGUAUGCGCGCCCUGGACAUAGGUAAAUGCGACAUCGGCGACGCGACCCUCGAGGCACUCUCCACCGGAUGCCCGAACCUGAAGAAGCUAUCCUUGUGCGGAUGCGAAAGGAUUACCGAUGCCGGUCUUGAGGCGUUGGCCUACUACGUACGUGGCCUGCGGCAGCUCAACAUCGGCGAGUGUUCCCGGGUCACAUGGGUCGGCUACCGCGCCGUCAAACGUUAUUGCCGACGUUGUGUCAUAGAGCACACUAAUCCUGGAUUCUCCAGUUGAUGUAAUCCAAUUAUCUUUGCUCAUAGCUCGACGUAAUAUAAGGAAGUAUUCUUGGAAAAAAAAAAAAAGAGUACUCCGAGAAGAGAAGAAUAUCCCGACAAGGAAUUCUCUGGAAAAGGGACUUUGAGAUAUAUCCUGAGAAUAUUAAAAAUGAGGAAAUAUAUUGAUAUACAUAUAUUGAGAAAAAUAUAUUCUUUAGUAUAAUUUUUUAGAAAAAUUUAAACAAUAUUCUCAGGAUAUUCAUUAAUUUUGUAUCACUAAUCUCAAGUGCCAGAGUGUAAUAUAAUGGAAGUUUAUAGAGAAUUGUAAACCUAAUUUUUUAAUCAGAAUUUGUGCGAUGAUAAAUGUUAUUCUUUUUGAGACGUCGAUGAAAAAAAAAACGACGUGAAAUGAGUUGCCAAUUUUGGGAGUUAAUAACUCUUGUAUUUAUCUGUAUUUAUUAGAAAACGCCGCUUUUUAUCGUUCGCAUAUUUGUAAAAAGAUUAUUUCAUGAUUGGUUGUAAAAAUAUAUAUACAUAUAUUCUGCUUCAAAAGUCAUGCGUGCUAUUUAUUGUUUUCAUAAUUUAAUGCUCUGCGUAAUGAUAAUGAAUCGUUUGUACUCUGUAACAUUGUUUUGUAAUUUAUUGUAAUAACGAUAUGACAUUAAAUACUCUCAUUUCUUAA